GAAGCAGCAAAGAAGAAGAAGAAAUGCCGACCUUGAAUUUAUACACAAACUUACCUGUGGACGCAGUCACCACCUCUGACAUCCUCAAAGACGCCACCCAAGCUGUUGCCAAAAUCAUCGGCAAACCCGAAUCCUACGUGAUGAUCUUGGUGAAUGGAGGAGUUCCCAUGGCAUUUGCUGGGACGGAAGCCCCCGCUGCUUAUGGAGAAUUGAUUUCUGUCGGGGGACUUGGACUUUCUGUUAAUUCCAAACUCAGUUCAACAAUUGCUGAUAUUCUUCAAACCAAGCUCUCAAUCGAUAGCUCUCGCUUCUACAUCAAAUUCUAUGAUGUUCAGCGGUCAUUCUUUGGAUUCAACGGUUCGACUUUCUGAUGAGUGGUUGAAAUGAACAGAAAGCAUAUCGCAGUUCAAGCCAGAAUCAUGUGUGCAGGACUAGUUUUGUCUAUAAAAAAUUAUCGAUUGAAGACUUUAUGAUUAACUGAAAAGUAUUACCUUGGAAAACAUUUGCAAGUUGAA